UUAAUAUAAAUAUUUCGCCUCACGUAUUAUUACAUUGUGUUUUCAACUCGCAAACAGACGUGUUGUUCCUCGUUGUUAUUAAUUUAAAUUUAUAUAUUUACAAUGAAGGACGUAAAAGUAACGUAUUUCGAUAUGGAGGGCACUGCUGAAGCUAUUCGCUGGCUCUUGUCCUACGGUGGUCAAGAAUUUGAAGAUGUUCGCGUCGGAUUCGCGGACUGGCCCGCUUUGAAGCCAAAAACGCCACAUGGUGUUAUGCCCCUGCUGGAAUUUGACGGCAAAGUGUACGGUCAGAGUUUUGCUAUUUGCCGUUACCUCGGAAAGAAAUUCGGCCUGGGCGGUAAGACCCUGGAGGAAGACCUAGUUAUUGAUCAAAAUACAGAUUUCUACGCAGAUGUUCGAUUGAAGGGAAUCCAGUCAUUCUGGGAGCCUGAUGCGAGUAUUAAGGCGGUGAAACAGGAAGCCCUCGUGAAGACAGUGUACCCCGAACUUCUGCCAAAGUUGGACAAAAUCAUUCGAGAAAACAACGGACACAUGGCCCUCGGCAGGUUGACUUGGGCUGAUUUUGUGUUCGCUGGAUUUUACGAGUAUUUCAAACAACAAUCUCUGAUUCCGGAUAUCGAUGAGAAAUAUCCAAGCUUCAAAAAGUUGAGGGAAACCGUCUCCAGUCUGCCGGCGAUCAAAAAGUACUUGGAAUCAAAAACGAAAUAAUUUAUAUAACUCAUAGUUUGUUACUUUGUUAUUAAGUAAGUAAGUUAAAUUGUAAAAUAAAUUA